AUGGGCGACAAAGUGCCAAGUUCAUGUUGCAUCCUUGACAAGCACCGGACUCAUGGAAUCAGCUGAACAUCGCUCCUGCGCCUAUGGUUUACGGCAUCAGACACGCUGCCUCUCUGCCAUCAAGUCGAACGAUGGCAAGAGCAGGUUCAUCAUUGGAACGCAGGAGCUUUUGAAGCCGAACGAGAUCCACCUCCUGACCUUUGACGAGGACAUGUUCGAGAUCAACACAACGAUAUUCAGUCAUCCUCAUGAAAUUUGGGAUAUCUCAGCGUCCAAGGAGGAUCCGGAUCUGUUCUUCACCUGUUACAAACAAGUCGAGGGCAACCGGAUACAGAGCAAAGCAUCGUUGUGGAGAAUGAAUCAGGAACAAAUGGAUUCUGAAGAGAUAGAUGUCGAGCGACCACACCACCAUCAACUGCGAGGGGAGCUGGAACAUGUGCUGAGCCUUGACGUAGCGGAUGGGACUGUGAAGAAGGUUAUCUGGCAGGAUAGCACGGAAGUCAUUUCAGUAGAGGACUGGCGCAUAUGCAUAUGGGACAUUGAUGUCAAGCAAGGAACAGCAAAGUUGACCGGUUCGAUUAACGCGCCGGAUAAAAACUACAAAUUCACGAGUGCUGUGAUGAAUCCGCAUGCUCAGGAAGUUGUGGCAGUAUAUGGACGAUCGAUCCAGGGCUGGAACCUCGGGUCAUUAAAACCAACAUUUGCUAUCGAGGAUUCACAGCCAGCGCUGAUUCUUUGCGUCGACUACAAUCCGAACCGGCCCUUUCAAAUUGCAACAGGGGGAGAUGAUUGCAAAGUCAGGAUAUGGGAUGUACGGGACCCGACUGCAGGACCAAUCAUGACUAUUCAAGAUCACACCCAUUGGGUGUGGUCUGUGGCAUACAACAAGUUUCAUGAUCAACUGGUGCUCACGUCCAGCUCUGACUGCCAGGUGAAUCUGCAGAGUAUUGUGUCGAUUUCUACAGGUGCGGAUUAUAAGCAUGGCGAUGCGAGUGAUACAGAACAGGAGCAGGACGAGGAUUCAGAGCUGGAAGACAAUAUUCCUCAAGAUGCUCCCACGGAUGGACUUGUCCAGGCGUUUGACCAGCAUGAGGACUCGGUGUACCAGGUCGCAUGGAGCAGCGCGGAUCCGUGGCUGUUCCUGUCGCUGUCGUACGAUGGCCGCGCAGUGAUGAACCAGGUUCCGAGCGAAGAAAAGUUCAAGAUCAUUAUGAGCUGAAUAAAUAGUACAAAACGAAAAUAAAAUAGCGAAGUAAGUAGCACACAAACAUGGUUUGUGUGGUGCAAGAAAGAGAUACGAGCUACACACGCACAAGUCCAUCUCUGCUCUCAAUGCACAAAGUAAUAAUGCAAUUACUGCCAUCUGCUCUUCAUACUCUGUUUCUGUCCAACCUCCCUCUUUGUCUUCUUUGUCUCCUUUCUUUCUCAAUCAGAUUCCUCAUUCGAAUUGAAUCUCCAACUCCAGGACCCAUCCCUCUUCCUUACUACCUACCUUACCAUCCAUCUCUAUACCCUUCCCUUCCUCUUUUCCCAUCCAUAACAUUUCACCAUGGCCACCGAAAUCGGUAGGAUGAUGAACAGCGGGAUGAAGCUCUCCU